GAUACGGACUGUCUACAGGAUAUUUAUGUUUGUCACAGUAUGCUGUUAGUCACGUUGAAUGUUUUGGUAUUUUCUGAAUCCCUGUAUCGGAUAUAGCAUAAAUGUGCGCGUUAUCAUGUAGAUGGGGUAACGGUGUGUAGACUACACCCGUAAACUAAAACAACCUGUGUCUAGUGCUAUAUUCCACGGGAAGUUUUGCAUUUUCUCUUAUUUCAAACACAAAAAACUAAUGAUGAAGUGGUUUCCCGUGUGUUUCAUUCUAGCGAUGGCUUUACCUGGAAACGCCCAGCAGUCCACAGAACAAGGCUCAGGUUGCGGGGUUACCGUAUGUUACGGCGGAAGUAAGAUGUUGCGAUGCGACAGUUCUCAGAUACUCAUAACAAACGUCACAGAUUCGAGCACAGGAAAUGAUGACGUCAGAGCUUUCCAGAACUUGAGACGCAUGUGUAUGGGAAAAUCGUCAUGUGACACGUCUGUGAUUUGUAAUAAAAGGAGUCUGAAGGUUUCUUACUUGUGUAUAAGCGAGUUUUCCAUGGAGCGCACGUGUACAGGAAUAUUACAGGAACUGACGUCACUAGAUGGUUUUAUCCAGAGUCCAUCCUACCCUUCUACAACGAUUGAUCGUUGCCAAUGGCGGAUCCUCGUCCCAAAUGACUCUUACGUCACAAUAACCGUCCAUGACCUUGAGAAAACAGGCCAGACUCAAUCUCACUGCGAGGCUGGUAUCCAACUUUCAACUUCACGCGAUUGUGUCAACCAUACAGUACCAUCAAACACCAUCUGUCACGCUGACAACCUCGAACCUAUGGUCGCGUGUGGUGACGUAACCGUCAACCUCGUUCCCAGCGAUAUUCAACAUUCCAAAGUUAGGUUCUGGUUGUCGUACAAAGUAAUAAAUUUUGGAGACAGUGUUGACCUUGACCUUCGGCAGCUGUCCACUACUUGUCCGGAGGGAACCUACGACAAACACAUGUCGGUGGUCAGUAGUCUCCAGGGGCUAUCUGAAGAUGCACUUAUACAACCGGACUCCUCCGAUUUAAUAGUUCCAGUAGAAAUUAUUACAUCAAAUAUCACCAUUCUGGAGAAAAGGGAGAUAAUUCAAGCCGACAUGACGGAAAGAACAGUUUUCUACAUCGCUGUAGCCGUGGCCGCUAUUAGCCUGACCGGUCUUGUCAUCGUCACUGUUGUUUGUAUCAGACGUCAGCGGACUUUAAAAGCUGCCGGGUCAAUUCAAGUUAAUCGACUUCCGGCUCGUCCGACGGUUAGCAACGCUUCUGCAAACAGACCACUUCCGCCUAUCGAUAAAGAAACAAAGCCAGCAAAACAGAACGGACAUUCGGCAAUGCGGGCGAGUCUUCAAGACGGUUAUAGCAGAGUAGCAGACGAGAUCCCGUACAACUCAAGUCAGGACUCCACACGUUCCCCAGCUUACGCCGAAGUCGACGACAAUAUCAGUCCUGUUCCGGGGCGUCAUGUAUUUAGGUUUGGUCUUAAUGGAGAGCGAAAAUCUUCAGUGGAAAAUGUUUACUCAGAACUUAAUGAAGAGGGUGAUGUUUACUACGAAAUUUACGAUAAGUACGCUGCUUCUCCCGGACCUCUGUCCAGCGAUCAUGACCAAUUACUUAAGGGCAAAAAAUCGGACAAAAAACAUCAUUCCAUAUCUCCUAAACCUGGACGGUCGUCCAACCGUCCGAUAUCAUUUGAGGGUCCAUAUGCUCAUAUGGACGGACGAACAGUGUCAAAAGAUCUCUCUGAUUCUGAUUGCAGUCUUGUUCUGAUGGACAAUGAAGUAUAUGACCAUUAUGAAUCUGCUCAUGUUUGAUGAACAUUUACGGAUUUAAUGUGAAAUUUAAGCAGGAAUUAAGAGACAAGUUGUUGUGCCUUAAUCCUUAACACGUCCAGAGUAACAAUAAAACGGGGAUACACAUGUACAGUGUUUACUAUGAAUCGGUUUUUGCGUUAUCGACAGAUGCGCAACAAACAUUACUAUGUUCACCUGUUUUGACAUGUGGAAAUCCGAAACACGUACUCAAAGAAAUAAGCGUUUGCUUGACCAUAACAAGCAAACGCUGUAAGAGAAAUGCAGAAAACUCGGGAUGUGCAUUAUCGCAGAUUAUGACAGCCGUGUUAUAUUUCUGGUCGGUGGCUUUUUUUUCGGAUCAGAAUAUUCGGACACCAUUUUGGAUGAUAUUUCGUCCUACUUGCUGCAUUCAGCUAAUCUCAGGUUCGGCAUGAUGCCUUGGAAAGAAAUGACAAGGUUUUGAAUCUAUGUAGCUUUGUGAGCUUGGAUUGAAAACGCGAAACUCUUUUGUUGUUUAUGCUGUGUCAAAUGAAGACCAGAUUAAGAGUGAUUUACCGCUUACUGAAGUAAGGGAGAUAACUCUUACGAGACUGUGUGCCAUUGAGUAGGGCCUCAAACUGUAGUGCCUCAGGAAUAAUGUGUGAAAAUUCAUUUAAAUGACAAGUGCUUGCAUAAUUUUAAUGUUUUUUUUUAUUCUUGAAUGAAUACAUGGAUAUGUUAAUUAAAAAAAUAUGUCAUUAUUUAAUGACGUUAUGUAAUUGCGAGUGAACUUUGGAUGUAGUGAACGUUCUGGAAGCUUUCGAUUUUCUUUUGCAAAUAUCGUAAAGUGAAUCUACUGAGUAUUAUUCUAAAUCAUGCAUUGACAUCUGAAUAUCGCAAUGACUUCUUAAAGUUAUGUUUUGAUACCGGUGUCUCAUUGAGUGAUCUAUAUGACUGAAUUAUACAAGUCCAAUUCCAAGACGGAAGACAAAAAUGUGGUAACGAUAUACUACAAAUGUUGAUUUUUGUGAUUCACCCGGACAGGGCUGGGGAUUCAGUUCUAUAAACUAUUAUUUCUGUGUUCUGUAGAAGUUUGUCGGAUUUAGGGUUAAUAUGUAUGAUUUUACCAUUUAAAUGAAGUACCAUAUUUGUUUAUCGAUGUUAAUGUCUGGAUCUCAGUGAGGUAGAAACCUUCAUUCGUUCAAAUAUGUCUGCUUCCUCAUUCCUUCACAUUCAUUUAAAUUAAAAAUGUAUAUCAUAGCUAUUUAGUCAAAUCUUGAGGAUUUUUUUUCGUAGGGGAGAAGGGGUUAGGCUUCUUUCAAUAAAAGCGCGUCGUGCACGAAGCUCCACAUAUUAAAAUCUGGCCAGGUGCAUUAUAACAUUCAGAGCUUUUGUUUUUAUUUUUCAUUUUGAAGGGAAUUUCUUUAAGGUUUGAAAAUUGAAAAUAACAUAUUAUGUUCACAUUAAUGAAUGUUAUAUAUACUUCAUUAUACAUCUGUGUCAAUACAGAGAAAUAAACAUCCAUGAAAUGUACCCGUAGGUAUCAAGCAUCAAGCACUGUUACCAUGUUGUUUUACCUGGCAAUAUUUUAUUGAAAAUCUACGACAAAAAGAACAUCGCAUAAAAUUAGUACCUGAAAUCUAAAUGAAUGCAUCGUAACUAGUUUUUUUAAUAUUUGUAGACGAAAAUGUUGAUUGUGUAAAAAACAUUUUAAAAAUGGCUAGCCUAAACA